AUGAAGAGAGGACAUCACAACCGUGUCGUCGAAAAUGGAAGCAGUCCAGCUCCUUCGCCGGUUCCUCCAUUCCAGUAUCACCAUCAACCGCGUGUUUCGGAUAGUGGAAAUAGUGGCCAUCGGGGAUCUGCACCGUCUAAUGUCCGCUCACUUCCUCAAGAUCAAGUCAAUGUUGGGCAGUCAUUAAAUCGCAAUUUGACGCCAACUUCACAGAUGGGAAGGCAGACUCCUGUCCAAAGACCCAUGUCUGCGUACUCUGAUAUGGGACCCAGAGGCCGCUCGCCCGGUGGACCUAUGUCAGGAUCUCCAAAUUGGGGCGUGCGUGCUCCAUCAGCACAUUCUGGGCGAUCCCAUGACAGCAGGCCAAUUUCUUACAUUGAUCUUGCAAAUACAUCUUACCCCCAGCCACCGCCAGCUCCUAUUUCUCUGGACAACUCUCAGUUGAGAUCGGUUGUGGGCUCAAACGCUUCCCUUCUCACGAUGGGACAGACACUUGAGAUGUAUCGCCAGAAUGUGAAAAAGUUAAACGGCGCUGAGACUCAAUAUGCCUUUGCAAUUUACCUCAUACAAGCUGCGCGGGAAGGAGGGACAGGGGCAGAUUCGACAUCAGAAAAUCCAAGCCCAAAACCAGGAGGCAACCGCGCGGAUAGUCCCUAUAUUGAGAAGGUCCAGACUUCGCCGCAAGAGCUACUUUCAGAAGCAAAACACAUCUUGCAGAAGCUGUCAGACCGAGCAUAUCCAUUCGCGCAGUACUACCUGGCAGAUGGCUAUGCUUCAGGUCUAUUCAAUAAGGGGAAGGAGGAUUACGGGCAAGCUUUCCCAUUGUUCGUUGCAGCGAGCAAACAUGGUCAUGCCGAAUCUGGCUAUCGAGCUGCAUUGUGCUAUGAAUUUGGAUGGGGUUGCAGGAAAGACCCAGCCAAGGCCGUACAAUUUUAUCGACAAUCAGCAUCCAAGAAUCACCCUGGUGCCAUGACUCGUCUUGGCCGAGCUUGUCUCUCUGGAGAUCUCGGUCUCAACAAAUAUCGAGAGGGCUUGAAAUGGCUCAAGCGGGCAACUGAAUCUGCAGACGUGCAGUACAACGCAGCGCCAUAUCAUCUCGGGCUCUUGUACGAGACGGGGUAUGGAGAUGACAUCUUCCAAGAUGAGAUCUAUGCCGCACAGCUAUUUACACAAGCUGCCGACUUAGGACACCCCGAAGCUUGUUAUCGUCUAGGCGAUGCUUAUGAGCAUGGGAAGUUAUCAUGUCCGCGUGAUCCAGCUCUGAGCGUACACUUUUACACGGGAGCCGCGCAGAGAGGACACCCGGCGGCCAUGAUGGCGCUCUGUGCUUGGUAUAUGGUUGGCGCGGAGCCCGUUCUCGAGAAGGAUGAGAACGAGGCAUACGAAUGGGCGCGCCAAGCAGCCGAGUGCGCAGGUCUUACCAAGGCAGAGUAUGCUGUUGGCUACUUCACCGAGAUGGGAAUUGGCACCCGACGGGAUCCUCUGGAAGCCAAUGUAUGGUAUGUGAAAGCAGCGGAGGCUGGCGACGAACGGGCAAAACAUAGAAUUGCAGUAAUUCGAGCAGCAGCGAGUGGCGGGACACCGAUGGAGGUUGCGCCGCCGAGACAAGGGACGAAAGUCAAGAAGAGCCACAGUAGGAACGAGAAGACUGGGCAUAAUGACAAGGACUGCGUGGUCAUGUAG